UACCUUAUCUCUCUUGAGGGAAAGGGUUAUAGUGAGUGCCACAUCCUGUGCAACCGCUUUCUGGAACUGUAGACCAUUCCCUAUUAAAGAUACAGUGCUGUGGAGGAAAGACCCUGAGGUGAGGAACAGAACAGAGGAGAAGAGAAAGUGCAGUCAGCAGCAGAGAGGGAUUAUAUAGUUGGAGUGUAAGUGAAGAAGAGGAGUGCUGGCUCAUACUGGAGGGCUAUAAUGAAGCAGAAGGGUGAAGUGGAAGAUAGCACAACACUGAUCACCAUGUCUGAGCUCCCUGACUAUAACUACGGAAGCAUGGGCAUGGGUGGAUCACCUCAGAAGGAUAGGAAUGUGUUUAGUGAUGGAGUCACAUGCAUUGAUUUCGUGCUGGUAUGGGAGGAGCCUGUGAAUCAAGCAAAGCCUGAUGAACCAGAAGACAAAUCAUCCAACACCACCAAUGAUAUCCACAGGAAAUGGAGGACGGAGUUCCUGUCCAGGCUGCAAACUGCUGGCCUGCAUCAGGAGAUGAAAGAAGUUGUGCAGGGCAAGACAAAGACAACAUAUGUGCUCUUGAGUGCCCCCUGGAAUGUACUAUGUUAUUAUGCAGAGGAGAUCAGCCUCCGGGUACCAUUACAGGUUGAGACAUCUCGAGAAUCCAAUUGGUCAGAAACAGCCCUCAGAAAUUUACACAUCCCUAAUAUCUUUGCUCAGGAAGUACCCAACCCUCCACCAGACUACUACACCUGCCAGUUCCGCUCGAACAAGCUGGAGAGGUUUCUUGGCUAUGAAAACAAGGAGACUUUCUUCAAGAUGACACAGAGGCAUCAAAUUCUGUAUGAGAUGUUAGCUAGGACUCAGUUUGGAACGUUAAAGAGGGGAGAGGUUGGGAUAGCCAGGUUGGUCAGUGAGAAUGUGUUCACUGCUGCCUAUCCCUUACAUGAGGGGCAUUAUCACCUUCCCAAAAGUCCACUUAACCCUGACUCUCUGAGCAUGAGGCAGAUCUUGUAUCAGUAUUGGGCACGUUGGGGCUGCUGGAAGAAAUACCAGCCCCUGGACCACAUUCGUGAAUAUUUCGGCGAGAAGGUCGCACUCUACUUUGCCUGGUUAGGCUUUUAUACAGGGUGGCUACUUCCUGCUGCAGUUGUAGGCUUCCUCAUGUCUUUAUUUGGAAUCUGGCUUAUGGUCACUGAUGUCCCAGCGCUGGAGAUGUGCAACAGUGGUGACAGUAUUGUCAUGUGUCCAAUCUGUAACAUCUGCAGCUACUGGAACCUCUCCAGCAUCUGCUAUACUUAUAAAGCAGGAUUAUUAUUUGACAAUGGUGGAACGGUGUUCUUCAGUAUUUUCAUGUCCCUCUGGGCAGUCACCUUCCUGGAGUACUGGAAGCGUACCAGCUCUGUCCUGGCCCACAGAUGGGACUGCUCCGAGUUUGAGGAGACUGAGGAAAGGCCAAGGCCAGAGUUCACUGCCAUGGCACCAAUGACAGUCCGUAAUCCUAUAACAGGGGCGGAGGAGCCACAUUUCCCAGAGAUUAGCCGGUUUCGGCGCAUGGUGACUGGCAACAUGGUCAUCAUUCUGAUGGUUGCUGUAGUUUUGAUGUUCUUGAUAGCUAUUAUCCUCUACCGGACCAUCCUGAGCAUCAUCAUCUACAAUUCUCAGAAUUCUUUUUUCAUAUUCUCUGCUGGGAGGAUAGCAAGUCUCACUGGCUCAGUGCUAAACUUGGUGGUGAUUAUGUUACUAUCUAAGGUCUACACACGUCUUGCCCAAAUCCUGACCCGAUGGGAAAUGCACCGUACUCAGACCAAAUAUGAAGAUGCUUUUAUUCUCAAAGUGUUCAUCUUCCAGUUUGUCAACUUCUACUCUUCUCCCGUGUACAUUGCAUUUUUUAAGGGCAGGUUUGUUGGAUAUCCUGGUAACUAUUAUACACUUUUUGGGAUUCGAAAUGAAGAUUGUGGUGCUUCGGGAUGUCUUAUUGAGCUUGCUCAAGAGCUGUUGGUCAUCAUGGUAGGAAAACAAGUCAUCAACAAUGUUCAAGAAUUUGUUGUUCCUAAGUUAAAGGCAUGGUGGUACAAGCGGAAACUUCAUCCAGCUCAAAGAGAGAAGGGAACAAAUGAUCAAGAUGGUUUGGCACCCUGGGAAACGGAUUAUAGUCUGUUGGUGUGUGAGGGCCUAUUUGAUGAAUAUCUGGAAAUGGUUCUGCAGUUUGGUUUCAUUACAAUCUUUGUGGCGGCUUGUCCCUUGGCACCACUCUUCGCGCUGGUGAAUAACUGGGUGGAGGUACGUCUAGAUGCACAGAAAUUUGUGUGUGAGUACCGUAGGCCCGUGGCUCAGCGGGCACAGGACAUCGGGAUAUGGUUUACAAUCCUAGAGGUCAUCACCUACCUGGCUGUGAUUAGCAAUGCUUUCCUGAUUGCUUUCACAUCUGAUUUCCUGCCACGUCUCUACUAUCGCUACACCACUGAGGGCACUCUGAAAGGCUACAUCAAUUUCACCCUCUCUGUUGCACCCAACAACUUCACCCAAAGUGAUAUGCAGUGCAGGUAUCGGGGAUUCAGAGACGAAAGGGGACAUCACACUCCUGAGUACUAUAAUCUGCUGGCUAUUCGACUAGGUUUCGUCAUUAUAUUUGAGCAUGUGGCAUUCCUAAUUGGGCGCAUGAUUGACUGGAUGGUUCCUGAUGUUCCAGAGGAGGUGGAGAUAAAGAUCAAGAGGGAGCACUACAUGGCUAAAGAAGCUCUAGCUGAGAAUCAGGACUUAGAAGCGGCUGUAGAAUCAUCUGUAUUACGACGCAGAGGAAAAUCAGAGAGAUCCACACCCUCACCUCAAGACACUCUCUCCUCUCUGCCAAGUGUGACUACUGAGGACAUUUCUAAGGAUGUUUGACAUUUAUCUAGGACAUGGAUGAGUGGACAUGAUGUAUUCAUAAGACUAAGAAAAAACACAAAGGUUCAUGCUCUGGCUAAUUAAAAAUCAACCACAAAAUAAGAAUAAAUGUUAUUAAAUUGGUUUAGUUCAAGUACUCAAAUAGUCCACUGACCAAUGACAAUUUCUGUCCAUCUGGACAAAUCAUUUGCUUGCUUGCUUGCUUUUGUAUUUCUCAAAAUCUUGUAAGGGCAAUUGCACAACUACAGAAUAUCUUUAUUUAUAGUUUGAUUAUUGUGACACUACCAGUUUGAGAACUCAGUAAUACAGUGCAAUUGUGCAAUCUCAGUCAUGACAAUUCAGUGAUUACAAGAUGUUAUAUUUUUACAUGACACAUAAUUUUCAGAAGUCUCAUACUGUAUUAUUACCCAUACAAUAAUCUAAAUAAAUUCUUAAAAGAAGCAGGGGUUUUGUUUUAAAAGCAUUCAAUGUGUUAUGAAACCUACAUACAGUUAUUAUGUUUAUUUUUAUUAUGUAUUUAUUAUGUUUAGUAUAUUGUCCCCCACCAUUUACAUCUUACAGUACAUUUACACACAGUAGAGAUUAACACAAUGCUCUUAUCUCUAUCUGUUUAGUAUGCAAAAUAUUUGUAUCUGUUUUCAUAUUCAGAUUUAAACCAUAAGUGGUUGUGGUCUAAACUAGAUUUUUUAUUUAUUUUGAUUUUUUUAUGUUAACACUACCACUGUGCCCUGAAAACACUAGAAAACACUUAAAACUGAAUUACUACUGUUUUUAAGUUUGCUAUACUGUAUUCUGGAAAGAUCAGAAAAGUUUACUGGACAUGUUGCUGUAAAACUACUAUACUACUAUAGAAUGCACUAUAAAACUUGAAUGCUGUGA